AUGCUGUUUCCCCGCGGCGUCUCUCGGUUCCCGUUUCUACUCCGAGAGCCUCCCUCGUGUCUGUUUCUAACUUCCAUGUUCCUCGGCCCUGCUUGCGUUCCCUGGCUCUUGUCUGUUUCUGGACUGUGCUCAGCGAUCCCUCUUACCUGCUGGCCUUGCUGCUUCCCUGACUUAUCUGUGGAGGCCUCAAGCACCGGAGCUGCCAUGGAUCCCAGCCCCCGGACCGGCCUGGAUCGACAACAGCUGCACCUCCGCGAUCGGCAGAAAUUCUUUGAGGAGAUUUUCCAGCCAGAAACGGACAUCUUUCCCGUGCCCCACCUGCACUUUGAGUCCCACAGGCCCCCCAUAGGCAGCAUCUCCUCCAUGGAGGUUAACGUGGACGCGCUGGAGCAGGUGGACUUGACUGACCUCGGGGAGCAGGACGCGUUGGAUGUGUUCCUUCCCUGCGAGGAACCCCUCACCCCUCACUCUCCUGGUGUCGAGAGCCCCCCGGGGGAACCGAGGCAGCAGUCGGCCCCGGCGGACAGAUCCAAGCCGCGGACCUCGUCGUCGUCCUCCUCUACUUCCACGGAGCCCAACAGCCCGGACGUGAGCGACAGCGGUGCCGAAACGCCUCUGGCCCAGUCUGACGAAGAGGAUGCUGGAGAAGAGCCCGUAGCGCACAGCUAGCGGAGGACCCCGCUCCGUGGACUGAACCGUUCGGGUUCGGACGAGGCCCGCUCCGGGGUCCCCCCGCAAUCCCCGCCCGUGGCCCAGGCUCCGGGGGCGAACCCUCUAGGGAGAGCCGGAGAAUGGGGACAGCACAGCUUUCCUGCUUCGCGGUUAAUGUUUCCCUCCUGCACCUGCUCCACCUGCCCCCCCUUUUCUCCCUCCCCGGGGCUCACCUCCCUGAGUCCCGCUGCCCGACAGGGACCGGAGGGAGGCAUGCCUCUCCUGGUCCGGCGGGCCCACCCACGACCCCUGACCAGACUGUCGUGGGAAGCGGUCCGGAGUUGCCGAUCCCAAAUGCCACGCCCGGUGCCGGGGAAAAGCCUCCCGGAGCUCAGUGGGUGGGCGAAACCGUCAAUCCCCGUCCCCCACUUUGACUCCGGAUUGCAGACCGAACUCCUUCCUUCGCCACGCUCCGAGAGUCCGUCAAGACCACUCACUGUGUCGCCCUCAGGGGCCCGGGCCGCCCCGCCUCCCUACCCUGGAUCCAGGCCUCGCUUCGUUUGGUUGUGGUGGUCUUGGCUGGGGAAGGUCAAAACUGGUUCUCAAGGGCCUGCGGGAUUUCCUGCCGGUCACCAGGGUAUCUGAAGGGGGUGAUAUCCUGUAACACUUUAGCAUUUUGCACUUUGUUGGCCACCUCGGGGCAGGGGCAUCCUACAUUCCCUGACCUGGGCCAUUUUGGGCUUGUUUUCGUGCCAUUCUUAGAGCCUCUUGCCAGUCUCUGCUUCUGCUUGCCUGCCCAGCUCCUGUCCCCCUCCAGGAAGCUACCCUGUGGCUGGAGCUUAAUAUGCCUGUAUUACCGCGACGGCAGUGACAACUUCAAUACAUUUUUUUUUUGGUUUCCAAAUGA